AUGGCGUCGCCGGCGCUAAUCUAUGACACGGAGCAGUGGAAGGCCCUCCAGGUUGCGAAGCUCAAGGAGAAGAUUGAGAAGAUGUUUAAAGGUGGAAAGAUAAAAAGCACAGAGAACAGGUCAGUGCUUCAUGUAGCUCUGAGGGCUCCAAGAGAUGCAGUUAUAAACAGUGAUGGGGUCAAUGUGGUACAUGAGGUUUGGUCUGUUAAAGAUAAAAUCAAGGAGUUUUCGGACACUUUCAGAAGUGGAUCAUGGGUUGGAGCAACUGGAAAACCAUUGACGAAUGUUGUGUCAGUUGGAAUAGGUGGUAGCUUUCUUGGCCCUCUAUUUGUGCAUACUGCGCUCCAGACUGAUCCAGAAGCAGCAGAAUGUGCGAAAGGCCAACAACUGAGAUUCCUUGCAAAUGUUGAUCCAGUUGACGUUGCACGGAGCAUUAAAGAUUUAGAUCCAGAAACCACUCUGGUGGUGGUUGUAUCAAAGACAUUCACAACAGCUGAAACAAUGUUAAAUGCUUGA